AUCAAAGAUGUGUACCCCCUGCCCCGGAUUGAUGAGCUGUUGGAUGCGAUUGGGAGUGCUCGAUUUUUCAGUAAGUUUGAUGUUCGACAUGGGUUUCAUGAUCUUUUUGUUCGAGAGGAGGAUCGUUCGAAAACGGCGUUUGUGUUGUUCGAAGGUACUUGGCAAUGGAUUCGAUGUCCAAUGGGCAUCUGCAAUGCUCCCGCAACCUUUCAACGAGCCAUGAACAUGGCUUUUCAGAACUUUGUGUGGAAGAUACGUCUGGUGCAUAGUAUCAUCAACUACUGCGUGAUUGUGUACAUGGAUGAUAUUCUGGUGUAUUCGAGUUCUUACGAGGGGCAUGUGCAACACAUUGAAUGGACGCUGGAUGCAUUGAGGGAUGCCGGUUUCAAGGUGGCGCUGGAGAAAUGCCAGUUCUUUCUCACCACCAUUUCCUUCCUGGGACACGUGGUGACAGACCAGGGACUCAGACCGGAACCGCAAAAGGUGGCAGUUGUGAGAGACGCGCCUGUGCCCACGACUAUCAUGCAAGUUCGCGCCUUUCUGGGCCUGGCCUCGUACUAUCGAAGGUUUAUCAAGGGCUUCACGGCUAUUGCUGGUCCCCUCACGAAUUUGCUAAAAAAAGAUCAACCGUUGAUUUGGACGCCAGAGUGUGAUCAAGCGUUUUCGAAACUCAAGGCAACUCUUAUUUCGGCUCCGGUCCUUAUAAGGCCGGAUCCUGAAAAGCCUUUUGUCCUCAUCACGGACUGGCAGCUGGAGGCAAUCUCAGCGAUCUUGGCCCAGGUGGGACCCGGCGGAUUCGAAUUGGAGGUGACGUGGACGAGGACUGACGAGCAUCAGGCGUGUAUCGAGUACCUGGAGCUGUUGAUUAUCCAGGCUUGGAGAACUGACGUAGAGGGCGAUCUUCCCGGUUUUCUUUUCGGAUCAGUGCGACCAGGCCAUCGCCAGCUAAUUGUCCAGGAACUCGUCGUCCUGCUCGUGCAAUUGGUCGACGACCUCUCUCUCGAUAUUGUUUCGCAAAGUGACGAGAGCCCGACUCCGCACGUCCUUACGCGGACAUUGGCACCGUAUCUUCAGUGGACUGCGUGCUUGGAGGAACCGGGGAGUGAAAGCGCCCUGCCAUCGCGGCAGGAGUACUUGAAGCCGUCCGGAAUCAUCAAUCUCGCCUUCUAUCCGAAGCAAGAUACGUCUGAGGAGGCAGGAGAAGAAGAAGCCACGAAAGAAGAGGACGACGCCGAAGAAGAAACGUCGGAGGAAGGGAGUUAUAAUGAGCACAGCGAAGGGGAACAGAGUGUAGAGGAAGAAGACGAAGAAGAAGAAGAGGAAGAGGAGGAAGCCGGAUCGGAGUGGGAAGCCUUGCCGGAAGAAGCGGCGCGCACAGGCACAGAGGCGGAAGAUCCCGAGGCGGCACGUAAGAGGGAAGAGAUCGUCGUCGGGAAAAGCCAGCUGGAGUUUGCCAGCGACGCGAACCUGUGCAUCAAUGACGACCCGACCAGGGAUCCAGAGCCCCCCAAGCCCGAAGAUGGCGACCCAGCAACCGCGACUCCGAGCGCAUCACAACGGAGACGGAGCCGAUCCCCCUCCCCCUCCACCUCAGCCCGUCCCCCAGUUCGUCCACGUACCGAUGCGGGGGAUCGGCCUUCGUCCCCGGUCAUUAUCCCGCCGUCCCCUUGAUUACCUCACCCUCUGUCAGAUCUCUACCUUCGUCACCUUCACUCGCAACCUCUUCCCCCCCAAUACCUUCCGUCACUUUUACUC